AUGAUAACAAGGGUUGAAACGCGAGAAUCUCUUCGCAACACUAUCACAGAAACUCCUCCGCCAUUGGACGUCAACUACCCCGAUGUUGGUCGACCAGAUGAACCAGUCUUCCCUGAAGAAUAUACCGUCGAAACAGCUACUGGUAUUGUUCCAGAAACCACAUUAAAAACUAUCCGAUCCCGAAACUCAAGUACCGGAACCUUGCAAACAAGCGAUCGUGAAGGUGAUAUAGAGAAAGGCCUCAAAGACGACGUGGAAUUUGUGACCUUCACUAUUGAUGAUGCUGGAAACCCCCAUAACUGGUCCCGCAAUUAUCGCUGGUAUAUCACAAUGGUUGCAUCUUUGCUCGUUGUCUGUAUUGCCUACGGUUCUGCAAUCGUUACAGGUGGCUUGGGUCUGAUUGAGGAAAAAUACAAUGUUUCCGAGGAGGUUGCCAUUUUGACUUGCUCAAUCAUGGUUUGCGGUUUUGCUGUUGGCCCAUUGCUCUGGUCUCCAUUGUCUGAGAUCAUUGGUAGGCGGCCUGUCUAUAUCGUCUCGAUGAGCCUUUACACCAUCAUGAACAUCCCUUGUGCUCUUUCACCUAACAUUGGAGGCCUACUCGCUAGCCGAUUCCUGUGUGGUGUCUUCUCCAGCUCGGGUCUGUCUCUGGCUGGUGGAACCAUUGCCGACAUCUGGGAUAUCGAGGAACGUGGCAUGGCCAUUGCUUAUUUCGCUGCUGCUCCUUACUGCGGUCCCGUCAUUGGUCCAAUUGUCAACGGCUGGAUCAACGUUGGAUCCCAUAGAUUGGACCUGUUCUUCUGGGUCAACCUUGCCUUCACUGGCGCUGUCACGGUCAUGGUUGCGCUGAUCCCGGAGACUUACGCACCAGUCAUUCUCAAAAGCCGAGCCAAGAAGCUUCGAAAAGAGAGUGGAAAUCCAAACAUCAUCACCGAGCAGGAGAAGAAAAAGCUGACAUUCAGCGAGAUCGCCCGUACAAACUUGAUUCGCCCGCUCCAGAUGAUAUUGACCGAGCCAGUGCUUGAUCUCAUGAACUUAUACAUCGUGCUUAUAUAUUCUAUGCUCUACGCAUUCUUCUUCGCCUAUCCCGUCAUCUUCGGAGAACUAUACGACUACAACGACGGCCAGAUCGGUCUAAUGUUUAUUCCUAUUUUGAUCGGUGCCGCUUUUGCACUGGUGGUAACUCCUAUAAUUGAAAAGCAAUUCGCUCGUAUUUGCGCGGAAAGAGCACCGACACCCGAAGACCGACUUAUCGCUGCCCUUUGGGGAGCACCAUUCGUGCCAAUUGCAUUCUUUAUUCUCGGCGCCACCUCCUACAAGCAUAUCAUUUGGGUGGGACCUGCUUCAUCGGGAAUUGCUUUCGGAUUCGGCAUGGUUCUGUGCUACUACGCCGUGAACAACUACAUCAUUGAUUCGUAUCAGAAGUAUGCCGCCUCAGCUCUGGCUGCCAAGGUUUUUGUGCGAUCGGGAGGUGGUGCAGCCUUCCCUCUUUUCAUUACCCAAAUGUAUCAUCGUCUUGGAUUGCAAUGGGCUUCGUGGCUGCUUGCUUUCAUUGGAGUUGGGAUGGUCUUCAUUCCCUACGGCUUUUACUGGUUUGGAGCCAAGCUUAGAGCGAGACUCAAUCACAACUAA